ACCAAGUUACAACGCUUCAUCAGAUCCGGUCAAAUUCUUAAAUCCUUUUUCUCUAUUUUAAAAAACCAUUAUCGUGUCGUGUUACAAAAAGAAUAUUAUUGUCGCGUGAAAAAUCUUAUAAAAUAUUAAUACAAAUCUCUUAUAUUAAUAACAAGGUCGUCUCUCUUGUCUCUUAAAAACCAAAUCCUCAAGAAACACAUCUCAAGAGUCAAGAUUAAAGAAACCAUAAAGAAUAUCAUCAAAUCGAUCCAAGUAAACAAAAUGGUGAGUCCAUUUAGAUCUCCAUGUUCUUCACCAAAAGCAUCAAGAAAAGCUAACAAGAACCCUUAUUCAAAUCGUGGACUCGACAAAUUCUCUGAGCUUCUCUCCGAGCUGGAUGAGAAGAGACAAAGCAUAUACUCGAAGAAGCUCGACUCCGGCGGCCCUCCUCUUGUUCGAUUCGUGUUCACGAGCUCCGGUGAGUGUGUCCCCGUCGUGAUCAGAUCAUCUUAUCUUCAAAAGAAGAACAAUAAUAAGAAGAAGAAAGAUGUUGUUACUCCUGAUAAAGUCAAAACAGAAGAAGUCAACGAAGUUAAAACAGAGGAGAUCAAGAAGAACACAGAGCCUGAAACAGAGCAGAAACAGAAACAGAACUGUGUGAUAAACGAGAAACUGAAGAAGAUCGCGAGACCGGAUCGUUUCUUUCCUGUGACUGUGAUCUUGGUUCUUGUUUUCUUGGCUUUCUUUGGAAGAUCUGUGGCGAUUAUGUGCACUUGUAUCGUUUGGUACUUGGUUCCGACGAUUCAAGAACAGAGCGGAUCAUCAUCAUCGUCACUAUCUUACGCGAUGAAGAAGAAAGAUUUCGCUAGGAAACUGAGUAUUGAAAACAGAGCAUCGUUUAAUCCAAGAACUGUUCGUGAUCAUUCUCCUCGCAAGUAGUAGAACAAGUUUUUUUUGUUUUUUUGGCUGCUCGUGAAAAAAACCGCGUGACCGAGCAAAGAAAAAAAAAGUUUUCUUUCUCUUUUUUUUGUUGUCUUUGUCAAAAGUUUUUUUUUGGUUUGGUUACUCUUUUGUUAAUUCUCUGUUUUGUUCAUAGUUGUUGAAUUUAGAGACAGCUGAAUUAGCAGAAACAUGUGUACCUUUAUUUAUUUUUUUCCUUUAGGUUUUUGAUGUUUAUAGAUGUAAAUAUGCAAUUGCAAGAUGUUACAUAUUAUCUACUCAAGCAUACUUAAACUGAUAAUACAAAAAUCCCAACGUUUUUUGUUUUU